UCCUUCUUCCGCUUUGGGUUGGGAGGGUGCUGGUGCCGCUUCUUUGCCGGACGGAGGUGGAGGCGGCGAUGGCGAAGCACACGGUCUCCUCCGCGCGCUUCCGCCGCGUCGAUGUGGACGAGUACGACGAGAACAAGUUCGUGGAUGAGGAGGACGGCGGGGAUGGGCAGGUGGGGCCGGACGAGGGCGAGGUGGACUCGUGCCUAAGGCAAGGAAACAUGAUGGCAGCCCUACAGGCAGCUCUGAAGAAUCCUCCAAUUAACACAAAGAGUCAAGCUGUAAAGGAUCGUGCAGAGAGCAUUGUCCUGAAAGUGCUCAUCUCUUUCAAAGCCAAUGAUAUUGAAAAAGCUGUGCAAUCUUUGGAUAAAAAUGGAGUUGAUCUAUUAAUGAAAUAUAUCUACAAAGGUUUUGAGAGUCCCUCUGACAACAGCAGCGCUGUCUUGCUGCAGUGGCAUGAAAAGGCUCUCGCUGCUGGAGGUGUAGGUUCCAUUGUCCGCGUCUUAACUGCCAGGAAAACAGUUUAAGUCCAGCGAAAAAUCCCCUUCUGCCAUGGGUGUGGGAAAUGCUGGGUACAAGACCAAAAAAACCAAUUGCCAUCACUGCCCUGUGGGUAGCAUCUGUCUCUCUUGGCUUGCCUUUUUGCUUUUUCAUAAUCUGUGGCUUAAUAGACAUAUCAAACUUUUUGUGAAAUGUUGGAUAAAUGUAAAAAAAAAAAAAAUGAAAAUUUGUUUUUAAGAAGAUACCUACAGAAGAUUUUAAUAACAAAUGCAAAUUUUUGCAUUGGAGCUACAUUUUCAGAAAAUCAUGACAAGACACUGCCUUUCCCUCUUCAGAUAGAUUUUCUGAGCGGGGAUUGACAUCAAUAUUUUAAAUUCCUUAGCUAGUCAGGCAGCAUUCCAUGUAAUCUGUCGCAGGUGGGAUCGCUUUUUAAAAUUGGGGGGGGGGGAAAGCAGGACCUUGCUUUUUUUUUUUUUUUUAAUCAAACGGUAAAAGUUAUGCCACCUAGCAAAGGUCUAUGGAAAGGUUUGUGCAUUGUUGUGUAAAUGUUUUUAUAACAAUUGAAUGCAACCAUUUGUAAUGAAUUCAUUACAAUCGCUUGCUGUUGCAAUGAAUUAUUUAAGGAAAGGAACAGAGAUCAUUUGAGGGAAUUCAGUUUAACAGUUGCCUCUUGAUAAUGUAAUAUGUGUAAAGAAGGAUUAGUGCAAAACUACACACUGCAUUUGACUGGGGCUGCUGCCAAAGAACUUUUCUUUGGGAUGACAUUUUCCCUUAAUUUCUAACUUCCAGUUACCUCUUGCACCACUCUUUGAUAACUGUUUUCCUGUGUACAUAACUCAUAAAAUGUGCAAUUAACAUAAAAAUUACUCAUGAUACCAGAAUGUGGGACCACAGAUUCUAUACGUUAUACUGGAGCAAUGAGAGAAAUGUCACACAGGGAUGCUAAGUUGAUAUUGUCCCCCUAGCAAUUUAAUGUAUAGUUUUAUCUGAAAAUGCAGACAUUCCUUGAUCAGUAUUCAGGUACUGUGACCUAGAGGAUCUUGAAUUUUGCUCUUAUUAUGGUCAUAUUCCAAGUUGUAUUAAAUAAGAUGAUGUCGAUCAGGGAGAAAAAAAAAAUCACCUAUAACACAGUAAGGCAUGAGUUUCCUAAAAGAUGUAGAGCAUUCCAGAAUGAAAGCAGCUUGAAUGUGACUUUGGAGCAAAGAUCGCUAAUAUAUUCCAUUUACAUUUAAUGGAAUUAGGAAGAUUUUGCUCAUUUUUAUAUCUUGCUUUUUUUGUAAAAUGAAAAAUAAUAAAAUGGUCACUGUUAAAUAUUAA